CUAGAGUAAAUAAGCCAAUUUAAUGGCUUUUCAGGUUGGAGGAGCCAUCUUCAUGGACAUACUGGAAGGAGCAGUUGAGGUCUAAGGAAGCUGGUGGAAAGGUUUUAGUGGCCCUUUUUGUGCUAAGGAGCACUGUUGGCUUUUGGACAAGGACUAGCCUCUCCAGUGUUUCAUUGAGGCAAUUGAAGUGGGACUUGAACCUUUUACUUAACUUGAAGACUUGGAGACCAGAGAACUUUCAGAGCUUGGGGUCAUGUACAGCCAACAGCCUUACUCUUCAUUUGCCCUGAACCAUGGGAUCAUCCAGGAUGGGUUUGGGGGCUACCAUCACCCCUCCCAGACCUUUUACUUCCCAGCUGUGAGGUCAGAGAGUGGGGAUCUGGGGGAGCAACAGGCUCAGGUCAUGUCUUGGAACCAUGCUCCUCAGCUGGAGCACCCUGGUCACCUCAAUCUUCGUGCACCCCCAGGUCACCAGCUAGGAGAGGACAACCCCUGUGUGGUGGAAAGCAGGAAGAUCAAGGAGGAAAAUGAGGAUUCUGAUGGGUCAGUAGAGGAGAAGAGUCACCUGGUUCCUCAGUAUUACCCUCAUGCUUGGUCUCCAGCCUUCUGGCCAGGGAGCCCCAAUAUUUCCAGCCAGAUCCAGAAAAAUGCCAGUGUCCUAGGCUCCAAUGUGUACCCAACACUACUGCCCAACCAGAGCCCCAUCUCUCCGGAGACUGUAGUAGCGAACAUGGAGAGUGGCCGCUGCAGCAGCACCCCCACCCAAGAGGUGGCCAAAGAGGGCGACUCACCUGCCAGCCAGACUGUGGUCAGCCCAGGGGUCCAGGAAGAGAUUCUGUCUGAAGAUGGGGAGGAAGCGCUGGAAAUGCCCAGUGAGUUGGAAAUGGAGCAGUUUGCUAGGGAUCUGAAGCAGAAGCGGGUGUCUCUGGGGUUUACACAAGCAGAUGUUGGCUAUGCCUUGGGCGUUUUGUACGAAAAGAUGUUUAGCCAAACGACAAUCUGUAGGUUUGAGUCCCUCCAGCUAAGUUACAAAAACAUGUGCCAGCUUAAACCCCUCCUACAUCGCUGGCUUUCAGAGGCUGAACACAAUGAGAACCUUCAAGAGCUGAUCAAUCGGGAACAGGCACUGGCUCAGUCCCGAAAGCGGAAACGAAGGACAAACAUUGAGAACAUCGCCAAAGACAACCUGGAGCUUUAUUUUAUGAAGAACCCCAAACCAGGACCCCAGGAAAUGGAGCAGAUUGCCCGGGACUUGCAUAUGGAGAAGGAUGUGGUCCGUGUCUGGUUCUGUAAUCGCCGUCAGAAGGAUAAGCGUCAGAUUAUGAAGGAGCCUCAUAAUGACGGUUAUGAACAGCAACACCUCGUCCCUCAUGGAGUUUUUUCUCAUCAGGAGAUGCCAUCGCCAGGAUAUAUGUCUGGGUCACCACCAAUGUACAACCCUGCUUUUAACCACAAAAACGACAUGUUCCAACAACCUGUGCCUCAUGGAAUGCAGCUUGGAAAUCAAAUCUGCUAACUUUGAGUCUAGGACUUCUUUGACAUGGGACUACUGGCCUUCCCUGCUUGUACCAGGAUCGUGUUCUGGCUUCGGUGCGAAGACUUUGUUUAUUUUUUUGUUUUUUAACUUAACUUUUUUAGACACUUUUAAUGCUUCGCAAGACUCUUAAGUGUCUCUAAUUUGUUACUCCCAUGUGUGCCACUGUCUACCUCUGAUCUACAAAGUGGGUUUCUCCCCUUCCUCAUUUAGAGGUGUUAAAUAGGGAGCGCUCGGGAUCUUUGUUUUUUUUUUAAAACGAGAAACUGAUAUAAUGCAUUAAGUGGCUUGCUGGGAGGUUUUUUUUUCUGGUGUUUGUUUUUAAUGUUUGAUAUCUUUAAAAUGCCUUUGUCAACCAGUUUGCUAUUGGGUACCAACAAGGUUAGGAUUGGAAGGACCUCCUGAAAUUUGGAUACCAGAGGCCUGACUUGUAGCUUGAGGCUUAUGGGGGGAGUAGCUGUAUAUAGCCAUUUUUCAGUGGGGGGGGGGGGGGGGGGGGAGUACUGGGCAAACGCUGGAAUAUUAUGACGUCCUUCAAGUUGGGUUCACACCAUCUUCGCAUGCAGCUUGCAACAGGGGUCUGGUGCAUCAGUUUUUGGAUAGGAUUUCGGUCUUUUUUUUUUUUUUUUUAAGACCUGAAAUGGAGCAAAAUAUGCACA